UGUGCCUGACGCUUCACAGCCCCUAGGGCCAACUUCUAUCGCGAAAUAUACGAUUUUGGCUCGUCGGGGUCGGCCAAAUUUUGCCAGCGCACAGUGGAAAGCCCGGCUUCCGUACGUAGCGACCAGCUGUAAGACUCGAGGGUUUUGUAUAUGUAGCCGUAUUCCUGCUCGAACGUGCCCGUACACAACGUCAGCAUCGUCCAGCAGCCAACAUGGCAGCCGUACACGUCCUUGACGACUACUAUCUCGCCAUCACGUUCCUCAUCACUGUUGCUUACCAGCUUUUCUUCUUUGCCAUCGCCUUCUGGUUCAAGUUCGACAAGGUCACCGACUUUGCCGGCGGUACCAACUUCAUUCUUCUUGCUAUCCUCACACUUUCGUUCAGCGACAACCGCGGCGAUGCGCGCAACAUUGUAGCAUCGCUCUUCAUCAUGCUAUGGGCAGCAAGACUAAGCGGUUUCCUUUUGUUCAGGAUUUUGAAGAGUGGAAAAGAUGAUCGCUUUGACGACAAGAGGGACAAAUUCUGGUCUUUUCUGGGAUUCUGGGUGUUUCAAAUGUUCUGGGUUUGGACAGUAUCAUUACCAGUUACCAUCCUAAACUCGCCCAAGGUUACUCGAUUCAAUCAGCCGGAGUUUGGAACGGGUCGAGACAUCGCGGGCAUCAUCCUCUGGUCUAUCGGUUUCAUUAUGGAGAGCGUCUCAGAUGUUCAAAAGUACAGAUUCCGUACUGCUCAUGGUAGCGACGGUGCGGUCUGCAAUGUUGGAUUCUUUGCUUGGACUCGGCAUCCCAACUACUUUGGAGAAAUCAUCAUUCAAUUUGGCAUCUUCAUGAUUGCUGUAUCUCCCGCAGCAUACAACUACGUUUCGGGCGGCGCGUAUGAUGCGCUGUACGCGUCUAUCCUUGGACCCUUCUUUUUGACUUUACUGCUCAUGUUUGUGUCUGGCCUGACAUUGCAAGAACGUCCCGGUGCAAAGAAGAGGUAUGAGAAAGGCACUCAAUGGCCCGAGUACGAGCGAUACCUCCACCGUACGAGCAUUCUCAUCCCUUUUCCGCCUCAAAUCUACGCCAGGUUGCCGGUCAUUCUCAAGAGAACCAUCUUCCUGGAGUUCCCAAUCUACGUCUUCGACCCAGCGAAGCAUGCGGACCAGGACAAGGUACAAGCUAGAUCCGCGGAGGAGGGACAGAGCAGGCCAAGUGACGAAGAGGGCUUGAGAUCUUGAAGUAUCACCACCUGCCCAUCGACUGUUUAAUGCGAUGAUACCCAUUUCCCGGCAAUUAAUACCUCGUGUAUUCACGACUUAGUUAGAGUGCUUGUUCAGCGCAUAAUCGUAAUUCAGCUUUGUAAACAUACCCUCAAACGACAUGUGUGCC